GCCACAGUGUUUAGGAUGAAAGACUAUAUCAGCACCUGCUCUUACAACCAACUCUAUCAAAAUGUGAAACGCGUGUCAAAAGACGGGGAGUGCUACUGCAAGGAAUUUAUGACUGUUUUGCAGCAAAGGGCUGAGCUGGAGCACACGUAUGCUAAGGGGCUACAAAAAUUGGCUGGAAAACUAAUGAGGGCUUCCAAAAGCAUGAGCAACAACUCCAUAUACAGCGCCUGGUGCCACGUGUCGGAUGAGAUGUACUCACGAGCUGACGCCCACAGGUCGCUUGGAAAUGCAUUUCAGCAAGAGGCCAUCUUGGAAAUACGUCAGGUCUUAGACGAGCAAAGCAAGAGAAAAAGGCCUCUGGACAGCGCUAUCGAAAGAACGGAAAAACUUGUCAUGGCGAAUUGGAGCGAGCAACUCAAGACAAAGAAGAAACUAUUUGGAUUAACAAGGGAGCACGAAGCUUUGUUUAACUUUGUGGAGAAAAAUAAACCAAUAUGCACGGAGAAAGAAAAACAAAAGAUGCUGAACAGGUUGACAAAGUCAGCGGAGCUACAGACACGAGUGGAUGAGGAGUAUUUUAACAUCAACAUGGAGGGCCAUCAGAUGAGACUUAAGUGGGAAAACACACUCAAAAACUGCUACCAGAUCAUACAGGAGCUCGAGAAACAGCGGAUCGAAGUUCUUUGCAACCUUUUGACCCGAUACAACUUACACAUGUCCAGUUUUGGGCAGACCCUCAAACAUGGCCAAAAUCAAAUUGAACUGCUGGUCCAGAGGGUGGACAUGGAUAAAGACAUACAAACACUGGUGAAGGAGACCAGCAUCACAACAUCAGAAAACAAAGCCGAAUUUUUGAUGACUGAUUAUUUUGAGGAAGACAGAAAAUCACUGAUGGGCAAAGAACGAAGAAGGGAAGCCAUUAAAGUAAAACUCUAUCGUUUGGAGGGAAAUAUAUCCAAAGCAAAAAAAGACUGUGAAGGGAUUGAAAAGCUGAUGAAAAGCUAUGUUGAAAACCCUUCUUUUUCAAACCAACGGAACAUUGAGGAGACGGAGCAACAGCUUGACGAGAACAGUUUAAAGCUGAAUCUACUGGAGGCAACUCACUAUAAACUCUCUUUAACGCUGUGUGAACUAGAAGGGAAACCCAAGUCCUUCCACCGAUUUAGUGACAGCAUUGUCAAGUGGAAAGAUAAGGACUGUGAGCACAGUGUGGUGCAGCUGACUCGGCCAGUCAAACUAAGGAAGACUUCCUUCAGAACAAGACACUCACUGAGGGCGUCCAUCAUAUACAAAGGACCUGUUCAAACCACCACAUGCCCGCCGAGAGAGCCUUCGCCCAGUAGCCAGGUCUUCUGUACAGUCUCGCAAGAAAAAGAGGACAUCGUUGGAACCCCAACACAAGUGCAUGAGGAUAAAGACCACAGUCAAAUCACACCAGACAUUUGCAGUGUUGGACAAUGCAAGGCUUUAUAUAGCUUCACACCAAACCACGACGAUGAAUUAACUCUGAAAGAAGGGGAUCUACUUGACAUAUACACAAAAGAAGAACAUGGCUGGUGGUUUGGUGCACUUAAUGGCCAGACAGGUCAUUUUCCAUCCACCUAUGUUGAGGAGCUGCCUGCACUCAGCUGUGUCAAAUCAUCAGAAGCCUGACUCACAUCUGCAAGUUUCCAGUGGA